AUUAUCUCCUUGUUCAUUUUUUAUCUCUAAACAACGACAAGAAUAGAUUGUUAGAUGGUUACGUGUAAAUAUUUAUUUUCGUUCAUCAAAUAAUAGAGGAGUCACUGAAAGCAUAUAUAUUGUAUAUAUUACAUUUCAAACAUGUCUCAGGACAUGACAAGCAGUUUUGCAAUCAAAUUGUAUUCUUUAAUGGACAUAUCCAAUUUUUUACCAUACCCAUUGAAUGUUUGGGACAAGAGAAGUAUAAAUAAAGACUUUAUAGGAAACAAUAAUAGGACUAAAAAUGUAGAUAUUCUGCUAGGAUAUUUCAUUUUACUUUGGGCAACUCUUUAUCUUGUGUAUGAAAAAUGUUUGAAUUCGCUACUUCGUCGUAUGCGUGUUCCAUUGACACAGAGAUAUCGGAUAAUUGAAGCAGUAUGGAAUUGUGGAUUUUCCUUUGGUAGUAUUUGCUAUAUCAUGUCUAUGCCUACCAAGAAUUUAAAUUUCUCAUCACAUGGAUGGAAUAUGACGCAUAAGGAAUUGGCAAUUGUUUUGCACAAAAGUUUCUUUUUCCAUCGUGCCGGUGUUGCAAUUAUAUGUCAUAACGCCUGGAUUCGAGGCUUAAGAAAUCUAUUAUUUGCAUCUUUUAUCUUAAAUAUGCUUUAUCAAAAGUGGUGUGUGAUAGAAAAUGCCUUCCUAUUUUAUAGAGCUGUUGAUAUAAUAUUAAUAGAUAUUUGCAGGAUUCUUUUAUGUACUACUCAAGUUAUUGGUAAAGCUGGGAAAGUAUUUGCUAAAAUAUUAUUCUCGUUUCACUGUCUCACUUGGGUUUAUCUUUACGUAUUUUUUGUACCUAAACUGGUAUGGCCAGAAAAAAUGAAUCAUAUGAAAGUGGAUCUUGCUUUGUGGCUAUGGCUUGCUACAGAAUGUUUGGAUUCGGUAUGGUUAAAACUUUGUGGAUGUGCUAGAACAAAUCAUUGGCUUGAAAUUUGCCUUUUUCCACCACCUUCUCAAGAAGCUAUUGAACUUGCUAAUAUACAAAGGAGGCAUAGAAAUUCUUUAAAGAAAUCGAUUAAUACUAAAUCACCAAAGAAAAAAGAAUUCUGGCAAGCAUUAUUAUGUACAAUGGUGAUUAAGAAGAAGAUCAAUAGAAUACGAAAUGCAAAAGAAACGAACUCUCAAUGCCAGAAUAAUCUCGAACUUAUAUCCGACACGAAUGAUACGGGAAUUGUAGAGGAAAUAAAUUAAAUAAAUUAUCAUAUAUAUUA